AGCAAGGUCAGGCCAGAGUGGCUGAGCUGACAGGUCAUGCUGCAGAUACUGGGAACACUCCCAGCAGCCCCAGGGGAGGCUCGAGGCGAUGCUCUGUGCUCUGCGUUGCGGUGUGGAGCAGUGCAGCGAUGGCAAGCUGCUGCUACAGGGGCUUUACUCUGAAAGCCAUACAAAAGAGGGAAACACAGUGGCUUAGCACCAGCUAGCUACCUCAUAGAUAAGAGGCUGGACACCAGUGAUGUCAAUGCUGUAAUCUCAUGCAGGAUUGGUGGAUAAAUGGUUGCUCAGUUGUACAAAAAAAUAUUGAGGUUGCGUGAAUCAAAAGAGACAGCGAGUGGUGCGUUUGUAAGACGGUUCCUGGCAUGUUGAGCGGGUAGAUUGCUUUGCCGCGUGUGUGCCUGUCCCGGCAGUAGAGGCAUACUGGUGCUACGGAGCCCAGCUCGGCUCAGCCUCCUCUCUUCGGCUCAGCAGCACUCUCAACUACAAGAGGAAAGGAAAGGGUCAUGCAUUCUGCUGGAGGCUUGGAUCCUAACAGUCGCUUUUAUUCUUUAAAGAGAAAUGAUGAAGAGGCUGUGGUGGACAGAGGUGGAACACGGUCCAUGCUGAAAACCAACUUUGAAAAGGAGGAACUCGAAGGUCACAGGACACUCUACAUCGGGGUACAUGUCCCCCUGGGAAGGAAGAGCCACCGGAGGCAUCGGCAUCAUGGACACAGACACAGGAAGAGGAGCAGGGAGCGGGACUCUGGAGUGGAGGAUGGAAGAGAUUCUCCCACAUACAACACGCCAUCCCAGAGAGUGCAGUUCCUCCUGGGCACAGAGGAUGACGAUGAGGAGCACAUCCCCCAUGACCUCUUCACUGAGCUGGACGAGAUCUGCCUGAAAGACGGAGAGGAUGCAGAGUGGAGGGAAACCGCCAGGUGGCUGAAGUUUGAGGAGGACGUGGAGGAUGGAGGGGAGCGGUGGAGUAAGCCCUACGUGGCCACGCUGUCCCUGCACAGCCUGUUCGAGCUGCGCAGCUGCAUCCUCAACGGCGUCGUGCUGCUGGACAUGAGGGCCAACUCUGUGGAGGAGGUAGCAGACAUGGUGUUGGACCAGCAGGAGACCACAGGUCCACUGGGGGACGAGGUGAGGAGGAAGGUGAGAGAGGCACUCCUCAAAACGCACCAUCACCAGAACCAGAAGAAGUUGGCCAACCGCAUCCCCAUCGUCCGCUCCUUCGCUGACAUUGGCAAGAAGCAGUCCGAGCCCCACUCCAUGGACAAGAACGGUCAGGUGAUUUCUCCCCAGACCUCUCUACCCGUCCCCAAUGACGGCAAAGCUGAAAUCAGCAGAGAGAACAGUGCUGUGGACUUCAGUAAGAUAGACCUCCAUUUCAUGAAGAAGAUUCCGCCGGGAGCGGAAGCGUCCAAUGUGUUGGUGGGUGAGGCAGAGUUCCUAGACAAGCCUGUGGUGGCGUUUGUACGUCUCUCACCUGCAGUCAUGCUCAACGGGCUGGCUGAGGUCCCCAUCGUUACCAGGUUCUUGUUCAUUCUGCUGGGGCCUCUUGGGAAAGGGCCACAGUACCAUGAGAUUGGCCGAUCCAUUGCAACUCUCAUGACAGACGAGGUUUUCCAUGAUGUCGCCUACAAAGCGAAGGACCGCAAUGAUCUAAUUGCUGGAAUCGAUGAGUUCCUUGACCAAGUGACUGUCCUGCCACCGGGGGAGUGGGAUCCCUCUAUAAGAAUAGAGCCACCAAAAAAUGUACCGUCUCAGGAGAAGAGGAGGAGUGCAGCACAGUGCGGCACAGACCCAGGGGAUGAAGAGGAGGAGGACGAGGGACAUGGGGGUCCGGAGCUGCAGCGGACAGGACGAUUCUGUGGUGGUCUCCUGUUGGACAUCAAACGCAAGGCGCCACACUACCUGUCUGACUACACAGACGCUGUCAGCCUGCAGUGCUUGGCCUCCUUCCUCUUCCUGUACUGUGCAUGCAUGUCGCCUGUCAUCACGUUCGGGGGUCUACUAGGAGAGGCAACAGAAGGACGCAUAAGUGCAAUCGAAUCACUUUUUGGCGCCUCCAUGACGGGAAUAGCCUAUUCCCUGUUUGCUGGCCAGCCACUCACCAUAUUGGGCAGCACAGGGCCUGUGCUGGUGUUUGAGAAGAUAUUGUACAAAUUCUGCAAGGAGUAUGGAUUAUCCUACCUCUCACUGAGAACCUGUAUAGGGCUGUGGACAGCAUUCCUCUGCCUGGUCCUAGUGGCCACAGACGCUAGCUCCCUGGUCUGUUACAUCACACGCUUCACAGAGGAGGCCUUCGCCUCGCUCAUCUGCAUCAUCUUCAUCUACGAGGCCUUGGAGAAGCUCAUCCACCUGGGGGAACACUACCCCAUCAACAUGAACAACAACCUGGACAAACUCACACAGUACUCGUGUUCAUGUGUUGAACCUCCAGAUCCAAGCAAUGCCACCGUACAGUACUGGGAGCAGAGCAACAUCACUGCUUCGGAGAUCUACUGGGAGGCACUCGAGGUUAAGGACUGCAUAGAGAAAAGAGGGGAGUUUGUGGGCAGCGCCUGUGGCCCUCACGGACCCUAUAUUCCAGAUGUUCUCUUCUGGUCCGUCGUUCUCUUCUUCUCCACUGUCUUCAUGUCAGCUUUCCUAAAGGAGUUCAAGUUCAGCCGUUACUUCCCCACCAAGUUGAGAGCUGUCAUCAGUGACUUUGCUGUGUUCAUCACCAUCUUUACCAUGGUACUGGUGGACUAUGCCUUAGGGGUCCCAUCACCAAAACUAAAAGUCCCCAGUGUGUUUAAGCCGACCAGAGAUGACCGUGGUUGGUUGAUCAGCCCAUUAGGCGGCAACCCUUGGUGGACCACCAUCGUAACAGUGAUCCCUGCUCUGCUCUGCACUAUCCUCAUCUUCAUGGACCAACAGAUCACCGCUGUCAUCAUCAACAGGAAGGAGCACAAACUAAAGAAAGGCUGUGGGUACCAUCUGGACCUGUUCGUGGUGGGUCUCAUGCUGGGGGUGUGCUCCAUCAUGGGCCUGCCCUGGUUCGUGGCUGCUACCGUUCUCUCCAUCUCCCACGUCAACAGUCUGAAGCUGGAGUCAGAGUGCUCUGCCCCCGGGGAACAGCCCAAGUUCCUGGGCAUCCGCGAGCAGCGCUUCACCGGCCUCAUGAUCUUCCUACUCAUGGGCUGCUCGGUGUUCAUGACAUCUGUGCUCAAGUACAUUCCCAUGCCUGUGUUGUAUGGCGUAUUCCUGUACAUGGGAGCAUCUUCGCUCAGAGGAAUACAGUUAUUUGACCGUCUGAAGCUGUUUGGCAUGCCAGCCAAGCACCAGCCUGACUUCAUCUACCUGAGACACGUUCCCCUGAGGAAGGUCCAUCUCUUCACCAUCAUCCAGCUCAGCUGCCUGGUCAUGCUCUGGGUCAUCAAGACCUCCAAUUAUGCCAUUGUCUUCCCCAUGAUGGUGUUGGCUCUGGUGUUCAUUAGGAAGCUGAUGGAUUGCUUCUUCACCAAGAGAGAGAUGAGCUGGCUGGAUGAUCUAAUGCCAGAGAGUAAGAAGAAGAAACUGGAGGAUGCUGAAGAAGAGGAGGAGGAGCAAAGUAUUUUGGGAGAGGAAGAUGGAGUAGUGCAAGUACCAUUAGAAGGAUAUCAAAAGAGUGAAUCCGCACUCAACAUCACUGAUGAAAUGUUGAAAGGCUCUUUUGGAAACACGUGGAAUGUCAACUCUGACAACUCUAAAAAAGAGCUAGACUCAAAAAGCUUAUCCAAGAACAGUGGAAGGAAACAGAAGAAGAGGAGAAAGAUGCAGAAGGGCUGCUUCGAACAGGGAGACAAGUUUAUGACGUUUCCCCCUUCACUGUGUUUUAAAUAAAUCAAUAUUGUGUGCCACAGUUUACCAUUCCUUUAUGUUUUGUCUUCUAAAUCUUUGUGUGUUCAAAAGCGUAAAACAGUAUUUUUUAGUUGAUGUGUCCAAAACUGCUUAAACCUAAAGAAAUGUAAGCCUCUUUUAUUUUUAUUUUUUUGUGUUUUUAAAUGGCAAUUAAUACCAGCAAGAUAUAGGAGAGGUUAGUUUCAAUGUAUGUGAAAGCAAAAGGAAUGUUUGUGUCGAGGAUGAAUCUGUCACAUUAAGAAACUAUUUUCAAGUUGUUUGUUUUUGAAUUUAUUGUGUGUAUUUUGUAUGUUUUUGUAUUUUUUCAGUAUCAUAAUAUUACAGUUGUUUGAAAUUGAUAAAUUAUCCAACUAGAUAAACAAUCAAUUUAAAGUUUGUACAAUACUGCAGUUAAAGACUAUGAACGGAAGUAUAUAUAUACAUAUAUCAUUGAUGAAUUAAUCUAUCUAUAGGCAAAGUCAAAAUGUGCGUUACGCAUGAAGUUUUAAUUAAUUAACUAUUAUAAAAUAUACUGCAUCUGCUUGAAUUUCAAAAUGCUAUAAAUGCAAAGAAAAUCUACAGUAUCUGUGUUUGAGCAUUCCAUUUUUUGCAUUAUGAUUUCAGCUUUUUGCAAUAGCCUUUAAGCUUUGAAUAUUGUUGAAAUGUAUUACUACCAGUAAGGAGAUUAGUUGAAAAUAGUUUUUUAAAAUAUUAUUUAUGGUUGGAAAUGUGUUCAAGCAUUGCAUUGAGCAUCUGAUUAGUAAAAAGCCUGACUUAAGUUGUAGAAUACUGUUACGCAUAUCAAUUGAUAGUAUUGAAACAAUUUUAAAGAAGAAAUUAAAAUCCUGGCUUUAGUUUAAAUCAUCAUAUUUAUUUUCAUAGUCAUACUGCCAAAGUUUAAAUAGUUGCAGUUAUUGCAGUAUAUCAAUAUUUUCAAGCUGCAAAGUACAUGCUUACAUGUCAUUUUAUGUUUGUUGUUUGUCAGGGGCCAUCGUGUGUGCCCAGGAAGGAUUGUCCACUCAAUAACUAAAGAUGAAGCUGAACUAAUACUUGAAGGUGUCUGCUAAAGGGCAACAUACAUGGCUAUAGAAACAAUUGCAAUAGCACUUUUUCUAGAAGGAGAAAAUGUAUAGUAUAUUUAUUGUUAUAACAUUUUUGAAACUAUUUCCUUUGUACAAUAACAACAAUGAAUUUGUUCACAUAUAAUUAGCUAUGCCGAUUUAUCUAUAAUACAUACCUGUUGCUUCAUUUUAAAUUAUUAGUAUCUGCAAAAUAUUUUAAAAUCUCUUGUUGAACAUUUCUACUACUACUCGUUACUAAUUUUACUUAGCUCGGAAUUAAUUAGUUUAAAUAGUCACUCAAUCAGUUUUGUUUGUGGCAGAAAUCAUUGUAAGGAAACAUGGAACUGCAAAACAAUAAGUUGUUAUUGGUCUUUGGAGCUGAUGUAUUACUGUUUAUGAUGUAUCUUGUAUAUGUACAUUUACUAUGAAAGUAUAAACCUCAAACGUAAUAAAUGUAUUUGAACAUG